AUGAAGUUCGACCGACGUCAGAAUCCACCUCAGCAGUUGGAUGGAGUUCUGGUUCCGACGGCGGCAGAGACUGGUGGCCGAAUUCGGCAAUUACAACAACAUGUGCCAAUGACAAUGCCUUCCAUCAAGUUCACGAAGAGAGUCGAUCAGACGUGCGACGAAAAUGUGCUCCUCUCCGACGCCGGACAAGUCGAGACCUCAAGAAAUAGAGCUGUGAACGGCUCGAUUACAAAGGAAGAACGGACAGACUGCCGCUGUGUUCUUCGACUGCACAAGCGGUUCCAGCCCGUCAAGCCGAGACAGCUUUGGUCAUACCCUUUUGGAUCCAGAAUAACCGUCAUGUUGAUCUCUUACAAGAUGCUCAUCCAUCCACCAUCCUCAACAAGAGGAUUCAUUCAAUAA